CUCAGUUCGUGAAGAUCUAUCAGCUGCAAAAUUCUCAGUUAUUACGACAAGUUACAAAUACUAGCAAGAACAUGUCGACGUACAAGCUAACAUACUUCAACUUUACUGGAAAGGGAGAGCCAAUUAGAUACUUAUUAAGUCAGAGCGGCAUUAAAUUUGAGGAUGUUAGAAUCACAUAUGAAGACUGGCCGAAAUUGAAAUCUAGUAUGCCUAUGCAGCAAGUGCCGAUUCUGGAAAUCGAUGGUAAAGUGUAUCAUCAAUCCAAAGCUAUCUCUCGCUUCAUUGCUAAGAAGGGUAAUUUGUAUGGUUCCAACGAGCUUGAGGCCAUGGAGAUCGACGCUACAGUUGAUUCUAUUGAAGAUAUAAGAGAAAUUGUAGGCGCCUAUUACAAGGAAAAAGAUCCUACUUUAAAGGAGAAACUCAAAGAGGUCACCCUUGAAAAAUUAUCCUUCUACCUCGAUAAAUUCGAGACUCAAGUUAAAAAGAAUGGUGGAUAUUUCGUUAACGGCAAGCUAUCGUGGGCAGAUCUCCUAUGGGCUACAUUUUCUGAAACUGUAAGCCUUUUCACGACUGAAGAUCUAAAUAAAGAUCAUCCGGAAUUGAAGAAGCUAGUGGAGAAAGUUCGCGCGCUUCCUAACAUUAAAGCAUAUAUUGAGAAACGACCCAAGACUCAAUUUUAAAUGAGACAAUUUUUAUUUUUGCUGAUAAUAUAUAUGCCGUAAAUAUAUUACGUCUACUAACUAUUAACUCUUUCUGCAAUAUUUUAUAAAAAA